GUCGCGUUGAGUGUGCAGGAGCGUCGCGUCGCGCGCUUACCGCGGAUUUGAUCAGGGUGAACACAAACGGGGGUGUGGUUUAGAUCAAUAACUACCUCAGCCUACAACACAAUUAAUAAUACUGCAAAUCAUUUCGAGGACAGAGAGGCGGUGUCGGUCAGAUCCGAGGCACAGGGUGGCUUUAUGGAAUCUAUUUCGUUUCAUUCUUUUCAUUGAGAUUAUGAUAUUUUGUGGACGCCGAUUUUCCUGCCGAGGCUUUCAGACGCAUACAGUUGGUCGAGGAUGAGGAGGGGAAAGAGAAGUUCUAGUUGAACUGCCGUUUUACUACAAUGUGGGAUGGACAGUACGUUCCUGUGAAUGGUUAAGUGGUCUGAAUUUGGGAAAACUCAGCCCUCGUAGACUAAUGUGUGGAUUCCCUGCAGCGCGGUGUAUUUAGAUCUAACGUUAGUCACUGACUUACAUAAGAGCGCUUUGUGUGAGGAAUUGCGCAAAGAAAUCCCGCCGCUUAACGCGUUUGGCCUCAGUGCUGUGAACACUGAUAACAAAGGAUCUUCUCUUGAUGUUUUUUUGUUCUUGUUGUUUACCUGGAUGAAAUGUACACUGAUGGAACAAACAGCAAACCUGUCCAGCUAGGACACACCAGUGUGGUCUCUGCAAGAUCAUUACCCCAAUAAUUAGAAUCUGCCAAUCAUUCCUGAGGCUCACCGGGAUUAACUUAGGUCUACUGCUGGGAAAGGAAAAUUUUCUGAGUUGCUCUGAGAGCACUAAAUGAGUGACGUAAGGUGUACCACAACUACAGAGAGAUGAACAACACUCUGCAAGACAGAAACAUGUUCACAGUACAAGCAGACGUUAUAUUUCAUGCGGCAAACCCUGACUCUCCAGAAUCACCUAUACCAGGUGAAGGGAACAAUAACAAUGUCCCGGCUUUGGGGAAAACGGGCCUCCCGAGCAUGGAAAUACUGCAGGGUCUCCCGGGUACAUGGGAUACGUCAGAAGAUUUAACUGACAACAGGAGUUUGGGAAACAACGGCGCUGUAACAGGUGCAGAAUACGCACAAGACGCCGUCUCUAGUGACAGUGGAUUUCAAGAGCACAUACAGCCUCUGGACUCGUCUAGAGCACCAAAUCUGGACCUUAGUUUGAGAAAUAUGAGUGAAGCUUCAAGUCAAGGAAAUAUUAGAGAAGAAACAAAUGGCACGAAGGUAGCUUCCAGUUUGGCACCCUCUGUGUGCUUCAGAGCAGAGAACAAGAAGGAAAUUGACAAAUUGUCCAAUGUCCCAAAAGAUGGUGAGGUGGUUCGGAGUCAGUUUGACAUUAAAAAUGUCUCCUCCACAUCAGAGGACAGAAAUAAUUCCUAUUCAAGCUCCCAAGAAACAAGGUCACUUGAAAAAACGCUAGGAUGCUUUCUAAGUUCCUCUGAAGGAGCAGAUCAGACCCGCAACAGAACAUCGUUUGGUCAGACAAGGCUGGAAUCGAGCCAAGGGGUAAAGCCAACUGGAUCUGCAGUAAGAGAAGCUCUAUCUGCAAAGGAAGAGCCGAAUUUAGUCAUAGAGGUGGGCGGACAGCAAAUACAAGCACACAAAUCAGUAUUAGCUGAGAAAAGUGAUUAUUUUAAGGCUAGGCUCUCUCGAGACAUCCUGAAGGUAAAAGGAAUGAGCUACAAGACCUUAUUGGUGCUUUUAGAUUAUGUUUACUCCUCCCAGAUGAACGUAAGCAAAGACAAUAUUGUGGAAGUCAUCACAGGAGCAAAGAUCCUGCAGAUGCCCUGUGCGGUACAAGCCGCCAUCGACACCAUAUCCACACAGAUCACGCCGGAGAACUGCUAUGAAAUCCUAACGAUCGCCAAAAAGCAGCGCUUAAAUGAACUGAAAGAAACCGCCUAUCGAUUCAUGAGUGACAACUUUCUUCAGGUUCUGAGAGAUCCGGCGGUCUACGGGCGCCUCACGGGCUCAGAGAGAGACCUCAUACUGCGCAAACGGAUGGAGAGCCGCCAGUGUCUGAUGGUGGCGGAAAUCAACGACGUGUUUGAGCGUGUAGGAAGCAGACCGCCCAGCAGAAACAGCAGCCGUCCCCAGAGUCCUCUCUCCAUCACCUCUUUUGAGGACAAUCACUUGAUCUACUAUUACAAUAAGAGCAGCAAGGACUGGCACACGCUGACCGUCAUGCCAGAAGACAUCAACACCAGAGGCUGCGGCAUCUGUACCAUGUACAACUACUUGUUUGUGGCCGGCGGGAUCAGGGGAACUGGGGAGAAAAGCAAAGUCUCGGACAAAGUGUUCUGCUACAAUCCCAUCACAGACCGCUGGAGCGAAGUCCGACCCAUGAAGCAAGCGCGAUCGCAACUCAAACUCGUCUCCAUGGACGGGAACCUGUACGCCAUUGGUGGUGAAUGUCUGUUCACGGUGGAGAAGUACGACCCUCGAAUGGACCGCUGGACGGCAGUGGCUCCUCUACCCAAAGGAGCAUUUGCGGUAGCUCACGAAGCCACUACGUGUAACGGCGAGCUGUAUGUCUCGGGAGGGUCUCUGUUCUAUAGGUUGCUCAAAUAUGACCCCAAAAGAGACGAAUGGCAAGAGUGUCCAUACAACAACAGCAGGAAAAAGUCCACAGACAUGGUGGCUCUCAAGAGCUUCAUCUACCGGUUUGAUGUAAACCGUGAACAGGGCAUCAGCGUCUUUAAAUACAACACCAUCGUGAAGAUGUGGCAUGACUGCGCCUCGCAGCAGCAGGGCAGCACACUGCCGUUUCGAUGCGCUGUCAUCGAUAAUUGCAUCUACUGUGUGAAUAAAUCUCAGACGCUUCAGUUCACUGUAGAGGAGGAUGGAGGUCGAUUCAAAGACGAGUCUCUGAAAGCACCUGUGGAGGCCAAAGGGAUCUUAUUCCCCUUCGUUCUCAGCUUGCCUGAGAGAGGUGGAAGAAUUGCAUGAGUAGGAUAUUUCAUCCCUCGGAUGACCCUUCAGAGUCGCUCCAGACCUGGAGAAAGAGAAUGCCUGGUCAAUAUUUAUAGAUUAAACAUUAUCUCCUGAGAAGUUCAAGAAGCUAGCACGUAGUGCUUGAAACUGGAAUGUGUUCCUUUGCAUGGUAAGAAGAACAUGUAAAACAAAUAUAUGUUUAGCGCCUUAAAAUCACAGCUCCACUAUUCAACUUUAGGUGAAGAAAGUCAUACAUUUACAGCUCAUAUAGUCUCUUCCUUCAUUUGUUUUGUGCACUUUGUAUCGGAUAGUAAUUUAGGUUAAACUUUGUGGCUGGAAUUUGCUAAAAAAAAAAACGACUAAUGAUCCGACUAACACAAUUAAAGUUUCGUUUCUGAACACAAACUUUGACCAACUCAAACAAACUGCAAAAGGGGUAAACACAUUGAUCCCACUAACUCACCAAACCUCUGUCGUGCAGUGUGAAUUAGCCUUAACAGGGCAAUUAAGAGCACAAAUGAACAAUUGAAGCACAUAAUGUAAUAAUGUGACCUGUUUCCUAGCAACAGAUUCUAUGCAAAUAGAUUUUGAAGUACAAAUGAUUAAAAAAAUAAUAAUAAUAAUUACCACGUACAAACGCCUGCAAAAAAUAGCUCUCGGUUCUAGAGCUUUGUUACAGCAGGGGUCAAUAAAUGCUCAGAAGCAGCUGAAGGAGAAGCAAUAACCUUUGCUAAUAUUAAAGUAACAUUAGGGAAACAUUAAGAGCACAAAGCACUUGACCUCUGGAACUGCUGCUACUCGGAUAUUACUGGAUCACACAGGUGUUAAGUUCAAUCCAGUGCAUUUCUAUGACAGCACACUCAGCGGCUCAUUAGCUCUGAGACCUUUUCGGGGGAUAUUUGAGCACUUUCACUGGGGAAAGUCCAGAAGGCAAAAAAAUGUCUGUUCCUUAUUUCUGAAUCCUUGCCAGAGAUAAAAGUUGAUACUUUGCAGGCAGACAACAAUUCAUUUAAAUUGCAUUCUCAUGAGCAAUACAUUAUUUGUCCGCAAAACAUAUCAUUCAUCAAUUUUUUAGGAUUUAAGAUCAUACUGUUAUGUCUCUUAUUAAUGAAGACUGUAAUUCCAGUACAUUACAAUAGCAUUUAUCCGUAAUAAACACUUCAGAUUCUCAGACAUCUGUGAUCUUCAACAGAAAGGGAGAAAAUAUUGUCUUGGUGUCGUCUUCUUUUCUAAAAAACCAAAACAAAAAACAGACAAGAUCACGCAACACAAAACAUUUAUGUAGUGUCCAUGGCAUGUAUUGAGGCAUUAUAUGUCAUUUAUAACUUGGAUGUUGCAUUCUGUGUAGACACCCUGUGAUAUUUAGUGUCCAGAAAUAUUUUACUGAGAUCUUGUUCACGCUUCAGUAUUCUCCUAGACAGUUCUGAAUUGAUGGAGGAUGUGAGAGGAUUAAUAGUUUGAGGAUGUGGAUUUUCUAAAUGUUUCUUCAUUGUAAUUCUGUUGAGAUAAACCCAAGGGAAUUUAAAUAUGAAUGUUGGUAUGAUUAUGAACUUGAAUGUGAAUGUUUUCUAAUCUUUUUGAAUUAACCCCAUGUGCUUUAAUCACUUUUAAUGAAGCUUGACAAACAACACAAUUCCAGUACACAUCAUUCGAAAAUUAAUUGACUGACUAAUUAAACUGAUUGACUGAAUUAAUCAUGAAUCCCUUACAAUUUUGCAGUGGUUUAAUUUGUAUUUAAAUGGUAGCUACUUUUUUCUGAGUGUUUUUUUAUGUUUUAAAGUAGUCUGAUAAUUGUAAAACUCUUCAAGCAUUCAGAUAAAAGUGUCUGUGACAUGGUCGUAUGGGGUGUGUGAUUGGGGCAAUGUUUGCUGGGUUGCUGAUGUGAAUAAACCUAUUAUGCUUUUAAAACCAA